CCGGUAAGUGACGAGACAUCGACAAUCGAAUCUCGAUUUUAUUUUCCUGUGAUCGCAAAUGACCUGACGCUCAAAAUGGCGGCAAGGGGAGAUCCUCCGUUGACCGACAGUCAGCUCCGUGAAGAGUUGAUUUCGUAUGGAUACACGCCAGGUCCGAUAACAGGAACCACUAGAUCUUUGCUUUUGAAGAAGCUCGACAAACUGAGAAGUGAGAAGAAGAAAAUUACUGCAAAAGCAGCUUCCAGAAAGGUUUCAUCGCCCAAGGUAUUUGCAUUGAGUUCGGAUGAAAGCGAAGGAGAGGCUGUGGGAAAUUCCAGGGUAACUGCCCCGGUCAGUUCAACCAGACGCCGCAGUGGUGCACGGGUUGCGCGGCCAGCGCCCAAAACAAAGCGCAAUUCAGUUGGUGUUAAAAAUUCUCAAACUGCACGAAAGACAAGUUCGAGAAGGUCUUUAGGAGUUGGUAUAAAUUACCAUGAGGUUGAGGAUGACAUCAAUGAUGAUGGGAGUGAAAAAAGUGAUCGGGGCCGGGGACAUGAAUAUCAACAUCCGAAUGAGAGAGACUUUCGUGGUGGACAGUCAACAAAUGAUGUUUCUAAUUCAAGAACGGUAAAGGGUAGGAGAAGAUCGAUCAGGCAAGGAAGAGGUGCAGGGGACAGUAAUACGAACAGAGUUAAUGGUGAACAACUCGGUGACAGUACUGUCACUAGUAGUACUGCUAGUAGUAGAAGAGGAGAGUUCUCAGACUCUGAUGAGGAAUUGUUUGAUAAAGGUGUAAAAACAAGAACAAAGAAACAACCGACUGUUGCUAGAACUUCUGAACCUUAUAAGUUUUCCAAAGUUAAAACUAAACCAGGUGUGAUUGUUCAUGAUGAGGAGGGGGAUGAUGAUGAUAAUGAAAAUGUUGAAGAAGAUGAAGAUGACUCUGCUAGUGAUAAUUCAGGGCAAAGGAACACGUUUGUUGUUAAUUCGUCAAAAGACGGAUCAAGAAAAGAAGACAGUAGGAGAGGGAGGUGGAAUUUUCUCUCUGGUUCAUAUAAAUCAAAAACGGAUUCACCACCUCGCAUCACAUCAAAUACUUCAAGAUCUAAGGACACGGAUACAUCUUCAAACUGGACAUUUUUCACUUCUCCGUUCAAUUCAUCUCGUACAUCGACUCCCAGAAAAGCCAGCUCAAGCAGAGAUGACACAACCUACCACUCCAUCAACCCUGGGAACUCAUUUCAACCGGAUGCCCCGGCAAGUGCUGCAGCAACUCCUGUCAGUGGUAGGCCAACUUUGAGAGGCUCCACAUUAGAUGCAUCAUCUAGCAACCAUACAUCAUUUCAUGGGCAAACACCAACACCGAUGAGCAGCGGCUUUAGACAAGACUACUCUACACCAGCACCAAAUGAAAAUAGGUUUCAGACCAAUGCUCAGACUCCACUCAGAGAACAAUCACUGGAUGAGGCUCAGAUAUUUGCUACAGAAGAGAAUCUUGGUUCUAGUUGGAGGACUCAAUACAGUCAUUUUGUUUCUAAAGUGCUUCUUGGGAGUGUCUGCCUGUUCUUCAUCAUGCUUGGGCUGAUGUACUUGAGUGUCAACAGUACUGUGAAAUCCAGAUAUUUGCAAAUUGCUGACAUUACAGGUGGAGAUGAUGUGGAUUUUUCUGGUGAUGAGCUACCACUGUUGAUGGGACAGGCCUUGCAUGAAAAACUGAGUGAAAUAAGAGGUGAUUUCCUGUGUGGUAAAUCCCCUGUAAAGAAUAUGACGAUGGAUGAAGCUAAGAUUUAUUUGGAGGAAUAUCCCUCCAUUCAAAAACGUACACCAAGAAGUAAUCCAUUUUGGGUUUCAGAGUACAUGCCCAGAACUCUUUUCCUUAUCACUUCAAAUCCACAAUGGAGUAUAAGGCUGUUUGAUACAAAGAAAGAACAUCUGACAGAAUACAAGUAUGAUAACGAUGUGAAGUGGCUGGAAUCUUCUCAUGUAUACAUGAACUUAUUCUGUCAGGUCAAGACUACAGCAAUCAAACUACUCUUCUGGGCUACCAUCCUUGUUAUCUCUCUUUUGGUAUUGUGGCCAGGUUUCUAUCUUAUCAAGUACCAGAUGCAGAGGAAAGAACAGGCUCGGCAAGAAGUCACUCAGCUAGUAGAAAAGAUAAUUGAGGUCCUUGCUAACCACCAACAAGCCUGCUACCAAGACAAGAGUUUGACACCAUACCUAGCUAUUCCUCAUGUCAGAGAUACACUGAUCCCUCCAGCUGAAAGACAUAAGAAGCAGCACCUGUGGCAGAAAGCUGUCCAGUUCCUGAACGUCAAUGAAUCUCGUGUGAGAGUAGAGACACAGCAGGUUGCUGGUGAAGAGUUUGCUGUAUGGAGGUGGGUUCAACCGUCUCCUGCUGUGGCUGUCACAUCGUUUGUACCCAUCACUGAUAGGGAUAUGAAUCCCAAAAGAGCAAAGGUGUGGCAAGGAACAGCUUUUGCAAGCCUGGAUAGUGCAGUGAAAGCCAGUGCCUAUAACUACACUCCGUGCCUCAAAGUCAGAAAUAUGUUUGAUCCUACACUGGAGUCUGGAAUCAACUGGCAUUUGACCAUACAGGAUGCCAUCUUAGAGAGAUGUGGGGAUGACAGUGGUAUCAUGCACAUUGCUGUCGAGAAGACUUCUAGAGAGGGAUGUGUCUAUGUGAAGUGUGUUUCAGCAGAGAAGGCAGGCAUAGCAUUCCGGUGCCUUCAAGGAAGCUGGUUUGAUGGUAAGCUUGUGACAGUCAAAUACAUUCGACUUGACCGAUACCAUCAGCGUUUCCCAUCAGCUCUUAAUGUGACAUCAUUGCUGAAACCUUCCAACAAUCUCCGUAUGUCACUCCAGUCACCUCCCAGCACACCCAGCUGAUCACCCCUUUGUGGUUCAUCCAACCUUAUAUAAAAUUGUAAUAAACCUUUUUCUAAGCAACUUUCUGCUUUUCUAAUUGAUAUUGAUAUGAAGGAAGAGAAAGUGAGUUAUUAUUAAUCUCAGAGGCCCAUUUUUAUACCAAAGUCAAGUAUGGUGCCAAGCAAGUAACCACUUUUCUCCUGCAACCAAACAAAGUGAUCGGAGGACGUUCUUAGUUUCUAUUGGGGUAUUUAAAGGAAAUGUUAAGAUAGUUGCAGAGAUAUAGUAGAGGACAGGAGUUCUGAGUCACUAGACAGCUAAGGAAAACUCUCUUCCAUAGACUUUGUACAGUGACUCAAGGCAGAGGCCUGCACAAUGUGGCCAUGAGGUCAACCUUGACUCCCAUUUAUAUUAGAGGCUUGGUUACCCUGUUUGAAAAGGACACACUAGGAAAAUAUUUCCUUACAAAUAGUAUGUUACAACUAAUCAUAAGCCUACAUUGGUCUAGAUGAUUGAAGGAAUUUAUGUUCUUGAUAGAUCGGAUGGUUUUGUUUUAAGCAGUAUAUUUUCUUCUAGUAUAAUUUCAGAAAAGUAACACUUGUCAAAUGUAUUCCACCUUGUGUUAUAUAUAUUUUUUUCUAUUUUUCUGGGAAGACAUUCCACCAAGCAACAUAAAUAGUCUGUAAACUCAUCAUGCUGUUUGUAGAGGCAUAUCAUGUUUGGAACUUGUGAUGUGUAAUUAAAGUCAUGCAAGGCUUGACCAACAUCUGAUGACCUGUUUUUGGUUUGCCAGAUCCCCAGUCAUUUUGAUGCCAAUCAUUUGAAGUUUGAAUCCAAUAUUUCUAACUUAAAAUUCUUGUCAUCAACAUUCUCAUAUUCUUUUUGUUUACAAGCUUCUGAAUAUACAGUCUAUUAUUUAUCAAUAUUUUUAUCAAAAUACUAUAGAAAUUUCAUUCAAACUAUGUUAAACAGGAAAAAAAUUGGGAACAAGAAUAGAACUCAGUUGUGUGUAAAGUUAUAUGUAACUUACUCUAUGAAACACCCACUCGGGUUUUCAAAAAGUAUGAUAUCAAAAUACCCCAAAAUUUGCAUGAAAUUAUAGUAAACAAGAAAUAGGAAAGGAAGAAAAAGUAUGAAUGUGAUUUAACUUAUUAAUUGAUUGCAUUUUAAUGGGAAGGAAAGGUAAUCCAAAAUUAUUUUUUUUAAGAUUGAAGCUGGGAGUUAUUUCAUUAUCUACCUCUUGUAGAUUGGUCGGUGAGAGUGAAAUAUAAACAUGUAUAGAUUGUAAAGAUUGUACAUUGUUGAUUACUGUAAAGUGAAAGGAAAUAGUGAUGUGUUUGAAAUGAAAACCACACAAAAUUCAUGAUCAUACUGAUGGCUGGUGUCAAUAUUAGUGAAUGCAUAAUAUUUAUUGGUAAACAGUUUUAUGAAUGAGUUAAAUGAUCAAUUAUUGGAAUAUAAAAGUUAAACUUUAAAGAGAGAGAAUGUUUAGGUAUUAUUUGUUUUGUUGAAUUCUAAUGAUUUUUCUCUGUAUAACAAUUUUUGUGUCUAAUCAUUUCAGUUUUUGUUAUUUUGAAUUGAUCUCAUACCAGCCAUUAGUGAUUAUGUGAUUAUGUGUGGUUAGUGUAGAUGGUUCUGUGUGAUAAGUUAUUGUACCUUACAUAAUAUUUAAAAAGAGUUGGUAUAGCAUUGUAAUCAUUAGAUUGUUGAGUUUGGUUUAAAUUUGGUCAAUUUUAUCUUGUGGCUUGUAUUUUAUCUACAUUGCUCCUGACCAUCUUUGUUGAGUACCCUGUAGGGUGCGACGUUCUUGUUGGAUUAGCAUGUGAAUGUGACAAGGUUAGGGGAAUACUCCCCAAGGAGUGGAGAAUGUGCACUAUGACACUGAUUGCUUUGAGCGACUGGGGUCCGACUAAAAUAGCUUGUGUGUAUUUCCACUUCAUUGCACUAGUCCGAUCAUGUUUUGGGCUCAGGACGAUUUCACCCCCGAAAGGCUCAAAAGAGCCCUGGAAAUUAAGUAAAAAAGUGACCUGGAAAAUUCCCAUUCAUUGUAAUGUUAAAGCUUCUCAAUCGUUCCAGAUUCAGCCAGUAGGCCUAAGUUGGAAGAAGUAGCCCCUGAAUAUAAACAAUUUUUUUUUUGCCUGUAUGAUGUUAAUAUUCAUAUUUAUAUAUAUUCUAAUACUGCAACUAUACUUUGUUCAGUAAGUUGAAAAAUGAAACUUCAUAUAUAAGUUAGGAAAUUAUUAGAUGAUGCAUCAGGUCAUAUGCAUGUAAUUAUUCUUAUAAUCGAAUAGCUGUUAAGGGAUCAUCUUUAAACCUGUUUCAAGUUUGCAUAAGACGAAGAUGUGAUCAGAUUUCAGGUUCAUGAGGACAGAGUUCAGAGGUCAAUGUACAUCGAAAUACCCCAUCUUGCAAUAACCAAAGAACCAUUAGAGGGAUCAACUAGCUGAUGUAUGCAUAUAGACAUGAUGAUCUGAAAAGAUUUUGGAGAUUUGGAGUCAUGGGUUCAAAGGUCAUAUGCCUGAAAAUAUUUUUCUUGCAAUAACUAGAGAACUGCUUGAGAGAUCAACUUCAAAUUUCUCUCAUGUAUGCAAAUGUGAGUGAGGAUGAUAUGAUUUGGGUUCACAAGGUCAAAGGUCGUAGAGGUCAUUAUUUGAAUUUCUGUAGAAGUUUGGUGUGUAACGUAUUUCUGAUCUGGGAAUGGUGAAGGCAUAGGCCCGUAUUCUGAAGUCGGGUAUAACUUAGACCAUGGUUUAACUCUGUGCUAAAAUUAUGGAAAGCCAAACAUGUCAAAAUUUUGUUUGCAUUGUAUGCUUCUUAUGUUCACUGUGCUCUUAAUUUUUUAUCCUUCCCAGACAGUAUAGAAUGAUUUGAGAGUAAAAUGACCUGAUUCAUUGAACCUCUGCUGUUAGAGAUUUAUGUCAUAAUUAAAUACUUCAAUCACAACUUUAGACCAGAGUUUGAAUUAAACCUGACUUCAGAAUACGGGUCAUGGAUUUUGGCUUUAUGCAGUUGAGUAUCCAUCUACAUGUAGUUUUGUGUAAUUAUCAGUAUUAUUAAUUGUCUUGUUUAUUUGUCAAUUGUGUAUGUAGUGUACAUUUGAUAUAUAAGAUAUCUUCUCCGUUUUCAAUGUGCUAUCUUGUUAUCCUGGGUUUCAACAAUUUAUUAAUUAUACUGUGAAAUCAUCAGCCCAAACAGGGUCUUCUGUCAUAAAACCUAUUGAUAGCAAGUUUCAAGCUUCUGAUAUUCUGGCAUUUGAUUGGCCGAGAGCACACUUGUCAUAUAAUUUCACAAUUUAUUAUUCAAAACAAAGCUUUGUAAAACAGGGCCUUGUGGCGUGCCUUUCAUUGAUGAUAUUGAGUAAAAAAAUUCUUCUUGAACAGUUUAGAAUACCACAGAUCAAGUAGGAAUUAUUUUCAAAGUGUUUUUGUAUGAUAUAAUUACUACAUUUUUUAAAAAGUUAUAUUUAUCCCUUCAAAUUUAAUAAGAAUGCCAAUUAUUUACUUGUAUCCGAAAUAUGUAGAAAUUGGUGACAAGAACAAAGGAUUUACAAUAUAAAAUUGCUUACAUUAGCUGAAGAUAUUGUAAUGUAAUGAUUUGGUGCUAUUUUAAAAAUCAUAUAACUUUCUAUUUAUGUUGUAUUGCUAUGGAAAUGUAAUUGUUUAAUUUCAGAAAUGUUUAAUAUUUUACAGUAAUUAACAGCAAAAUAGUUACCAUCAAUGGUCAGUUUCCCCUUUUCACCAUUAGGCCAAUAUAAAGAUGCUUAAUACAGUAGAUGCAACUUGCAAACAUUAUAACAAACUUGUAUUUAAAAAAAAAUGUAAUACCUGUACUCAGAUUAAUGUACUUACAAUCAUAAUCAAGAAUUAUAACAAUAUAUAUCCAUGCUUGUAAUAUUCCAUGAAUAGUUCUAGCACCUGUAUGAUACAACAAUUUGUAAUCAAUAGGGAAAUAUUGCCAUUAUAAUUCCAUCUUUAUUAAUAACAUAAACCAACUGGCAAGGGAAACAUGGAGGAGAGUGUGCACUUGUUAUGCUUCUUGCAUGAGUGUUCUGUAUGAAUAAAAUUGUGAAAUAAAAUGUAAAUACAAAUAA